UGAUCACAUGUAAACACGGAAAUGCCGGUUAUCAGCAUUUCUCUCCUCUCGAGCUGGCACUGAUGAUCAGUGUGCCCUGAUGAUCAGUGUGGCCCCAGAAGUGCCACCUGUCAGUGCACAUCAGUGCCAGUGCCCAGUGCCCAUCAGUGCCACAUAUCAGUGCACAUCAAUGCCACGUCAGUGCCCAUCUGAGCUGCCUUUCAAUGUCACCCAUCAGUGCCAGUCAGUGCCACCUAUCAAUGCCACUCAGUGCCACCUAUCAGUGCCACCUAUCAGUGCCGCCUAUCAGUGCCAGUCAGUGCUG